UCUCCCCCACCCCCAGGCCACUCGUUCUCCAGCGGCAUGCUGGGCCUCUACGUCCUGGCACUGAGAGCCUCGUGUGUCGACCCGGCCCAGGUCACCGAUCACACAAACACAUCCCCCAUCGACCUGGUCCGGUUACUGCAGGACAAGCUGGCAGCUGAGAUGAACAGUAUCGUCAUGGACGCUCGCCCGGUGACAUCCUACUAUGAGGUGGCGCUGGCCCUGCUCGGCCUCUGCGAGAUCGGCUCCCCGGUGAGUGAGAUGGACGUCCAGGCUUUCUCGGACGCUGUGAGGAAGGGUUUCGUCACACAGGUCGACACCGAGGCCGUCUCGGCCCUGGCCCUCCGCUGCCUCCAACAGGGAAGUUCCCAGCCCGAGGACACCGUGAGGGACGCCCGGCUCAAGCUGACCCUGGAGCUGUACAGUGCGCGGACCGACCAGCACACCAUCGGCAACAUCUACAGCACCGGGCUGGCCGCGCAGGCCUUAUUCGCCAACGAGGAUAUCAUCCCGCCCGCAGUUUGGGGCGCCAGGGAGGUCCUGCAGGAGCUCGGAGCCCUGGCCGAGCUGGGGGCGUUCCAGGUCCCUGUCUCCGCCUCGCAGGUCCUCCCCGCCCUCCUCCGGAAGUCGUUUCUCGAUGCUGGCCGGAUACCCUGCUCCGGUAAUCUUCCGCACCUCCCCCCUGCCGACCCUCACACGACCGUUCAGUCUGGACCGGUGACGUACGGCCUGUCGGAGAUCUCGGUACGCUACACCGUGAAGAGAGAUGAGGGAUGCACGCACGCCUGCUCCCACUCCGUCGUCGUCACCGUCCCCGCAGGCUCGACCAUCCUGGACGUGAUGAAGGUGGCUGCGUUGAAAGACCCUGGGGACUUCAAAUUCUCCACAGAACGCUCUGCUUGGGGCGAAUACGUCGUCAGCAUCGGGGGUACUGAGGCCAACACCCGGGACAAGACCUACUGGCAGUUCCUCGUCGGUUCGCGCCCCAUUCCUGUAGGUGUGGCUGCCUACAAGCUUUCCGAUGGGGACCACGUCGUCGCCAAGUUCACCACGUAUUGACCGCCGUCGCGCGGAUCGGCCGUGUCCUCGCCUCCUCCUGAAUAAACUCUGAACGAAUCUCCC